AUGAGGUUUCUUCACCCUCAAGUAGAGGGCACACUCUUACAAGCGACUUUCGCAGCCAGUUGCUUUCCUGGACUGCGAAAUUUGAGGACUGUUGGAUUUGUAGGAGCCCUGUUACUGAGACCUCCUUCACUUACCCCACCUCUGGUUCAGCUGGAACUCAGAGAGCUGGCGGUGGCGCUGGAGUUAGGGAGUGAAGGCGGUGUGGCGUGGCUAGUAAAUUCCUUGGCUGAGCACAGGCCGAAGUUAUCCAAGAACCUGCUGCGCAUGAAGUUCAUGCAAAGAGGCCUAGAUUCAGAAACCAAGAAGCAGCUGGAAGAAGAAGAAAAGAAAAUCAUCAGUGACGAGCACUGGUUCUUGGACUUGCCAGAGCUGAAGGAGAAGGAGAGCCUCAUAAUCGAAGAGCAGAGCUUCUCAUUAUGCGAAGACCUUCUCUACGGAAGAAUGUCAUUCCGAGGAUUUAAUUCUGAGGUUGAGAAACUAAUGGUUCAGAUGAACUCUAAGAGCAAAGCUGAAGAAGUUGAAGAUGAAGCAGUGGAACUUGAUGUGUCCGAUGAAGAAAUGGCUAGAAGGUAUGAAAGCCUGGUGGGGACAAUUGGAAAAAAGUUUGCCAAGAAAAGAGAUCGUGCCAAUUUUGAAGAAGAUGAAAAUGGAAACAUGAAAAAGACCAAGACAAAGAAGGUGUUCUUAAAACCCCAAGAGUAA